UUUUUUUUUUUGGUUUAACGUGCUACGAUAUCACUUUAUCACCACCACUACCACCGCCUACUUACCUAUGAAGCAUGGUGGACGUUGAUCUGAGACAUCGGCCUAUAUUCAUAUGCCAUAUAAUUUCACAAAUAAGUACGACACACAACGCUACAAUUAAGCAAACGCAAAAACUUUCUCCUAAUGAACGAUCAACCAAGGUCAAAAAAUGUGUGGCUAGAUGACAGCACGGGCAUCAUUCGAGUGGUACUGUCUCCGCGUCUGUGUCGCAGGCCGGAUAUUACGCAGUUCACGUUUUCAUCCUCUGUUUCUGUUUUUGGGGCAAUUGAAUGGACCAGUAGUGGCGAGGCGUUUGUUCGUUGUGGAGGGUUCCAUGUCGACCAUGACCCCAUCCGUGAAAUCUACCAUUGGAUUAAAGUGAUGCAAGUAAACAAGCUGGAUAUGCGAAUGCCUGCUGACGAUAACCAUGAUGGCCUGGCAAAGUCAAGCUCUUCAUCGAAUCACGUACUCAGUGAAAAGUUCCAGACGUUGUUCUCACAGCCAUCACCAACAUCACCUGGACCAGUGUCGCCGCUCAUCAAAAACCAUGACAGCUAUCACAGCAACAGCAGCAGCUUUCUCGACAACUUUGACAGUCAAGAAUUCAAUUGGUCGCCAGAUCAUCCGUUCGCAUCUUCCACACCCAUUAGCCGCUUACCACACCUCGCAAAUGGUGACAGAGGAGACGAAAAUACACAUGAAGGAUCCCCUUUACGAUACCCCGUACAAAGAGUAACACUUGCCGAAAAACAAGACAUGGCGGACGACGAUGACGACGACGAUGAGGAGUUUGGGUUUGACGAUGACUCGGCGCUGGAUAACUUUGAUAUGAGUGCAUUCGAAGAAAAAGCGCUGGACUCAAGGAAACGGACAUUAGAUGACGCUUUGAACGAUUGAUUCAUAAUACAUUCGCUGUUUCUGGUUCACAAUCUGAGUUUUUGCCUGCUUUGUUUUUUCUUUUUUACCCUAUCCCAUAGUGCC